AUGGAUUCCUGUCUCACAUUGAGGUCUUUCAUCCAUUGACUUGGUCACUGAAGGACUAUGGACCAAAACAAUUACACUUCUCUACACGGUUUUGUUCUGCUUGGUUUCUCUGACCAUCCCAAACUGGAGAUGGUCCUAUCAGGAGUUGUCACUGUCUUCUACUUCGUUACAUGGAUGGGUAAUACAGCCAUCAUCCUUGCAUCUCUCCUGGAUCCCCAUCUGCACACGCCAAUGUAUUUUUUCCUCAGGAAUUUAUCUUUCCUGGACCUAUGCUUCACGACUAGCAUCAUCCCUCAAAUGCUGGUUAACUUGUGGGGACCUAACAAGACCAUCAGCUAUGUGGGCUGUGUCACUCAACUCUACGUUUAUAUGUGGUUGGGGUCCACUGAGUGCCUCCUCCUUGCUGUUAUGUCCUAUGAUCGUUUCAUAGCUAUCUGUAAGCCCUUGCAUUAUUUGGUAAUCAUGAACCCACAUCUCUGUCUCAAGAUGGUAAUCACAGUCUGGAGCAUUAGUUUGGCCAAUUCUGUAGUAUUAUGUACACUCACCCUGAAUUUGCCUCGAUGUGGAAACAACCUUCUGGACCAUUUCUUGUGUGAGUUGCCAGCUAUGGUCAAAAUAGCUUGUAUAGACACCACAGCAGUUGAAAUGUCUGUUUUUGCUUUAGGCAUUGUCAUUGUCCUUACACCCCUCAGCCUUAUUCUUAUAUCCUAUGGCUACAUCGCCAAAGCUGUGCUGAGAAUAAAGUCAAGAGCAGGCCAACAUAAAGCAAUUAAUACCUGUGGAUCUCAUCUCACUGUUGUAUCCAUCUUCUAUGGAACUGUUAUCUACAUGUACCUACAACCAGGCAACAGUGCCUCCCAAGACCAGGGCAAGUUCCUCACCCUCUUUUACACAAUCAUCACUCCAAGUGUCAACCCUCUUGUUUAUACCCUACGGAAUAAGGACAUGAAGAAUGCACUGAGGAAGCUGGUGAGAGUUGACCAUGAAUCUACAAAAUUGAAGAGGAACCAGGUGUCAUAGCAAAAUAUUACCCUGGA